AAUACGCGUCCAAUCAGUUUCAGAUCGUGACAUCAUCCAACAUGGCGGGCGGCUUGUCUGAUGAAGAAUUUCAGCGUUUGCAGACCCAGCUUCUGGAACUGAGGACCUCGAAUUAUCAGUUACAGGAGCAAUGUCGCAGACAGGACAGAGAGCUUGUCAACCUGCGGAGCACCUCAGCCUCCCUGGAGAAGGAACUACAGAAGGAGAAAAGCAAGCCAUCGUUUAUGCAGAACAUCGGCCAGAAUAUUGGAAAAAGCAAGAAAAAGGAGCUGGAGGGACUGCAGGCAGAGAAUGAAGCCCUGCAGCACCGGUUGGGGAGCCAGGAGGAGGAGUUCCGCCUGCAGAAUCAGACUCUCAUGGACGAGCUGACCAAGGUGGUGGCAGCCAGUGAAGACCUGGAGAAGAAGAAUGCUGAGCUGAGUAAGAGGCUGGCUGGGGAGGGGGGCGGUUCUGACGGCAGCCCGGAGCUGCAGGACGAGGUGCGCAGAUUACGGGCAGAGAACACUGCACUGCAGAAGAAAAUAGAAGGUAGGUCGGCGGUUUCCAUGUCUGUCCAUCACCAGUAGUAACCAGACAAGUUGUCCAGAUUACUAGACAGAGAACUGACCAAGUUCCUGUCAGAAGUGCAGAGCCCUGGUGAGAGUGACCCCAGCAGUGAUGCAGCCUUACAGGAAAAGCUGACGAGCCUAAGAGAACAGCUGAUUCCAGAAAUCAAGAGCAGUGUGACACGAGCCGGGCCAGUUAUAGAUGGAGUUUAUGUUCACAGUUCAGGAAGCUCGGUUGUGGACCUUCUCAGACAGACAGAGGAAAAGUGUUCUCAGUUAGAAAAGCAAGUAGAAGAAAUGAGCGAUCUACAAAUAAGGGUUGACACAGAAAGAGAGGAAAAGACAAUACUGAAGGAACAGAUACAGUCUUUAGAGAAAUCAUAUAUUGAGAAGUUGUCAAAGCUACAAGAUGAAAAUUCGAAGAUUUCAGAAAAAUUGAAAAAGAAGCAAGAAAGCCUUUUGCAAUUACAAGAAGAAAAAGAAAAGAUGUAUUCAGACAACAGGUCUUCACUUCAAGAAUUAAAAUCUUCAAAUGAGGAAGAAGUAAAGGUGAUUCUGGAUCAGAACAGCAGACUGCAGGAGGAUCUGACUACUGCCCAGCGGAGACUGCAGGAGGUGGAGGAGAGGGGGGCGCAGCAGGUCAAGGAACGGGAUCUACAGCUGCAGGAACUCACUGCAGAGUUGUCUACCAGAAGCACAGAGAGCAAACAGCAUGUUCACAACGUGACGACAGAAAAUGAGAACUUGCGAUCAAGUCUUGCAGCUAUGGAACAGAUACAAGGUUCCAGACGAGAGGAAAUAGAUAAUUUGCAGCGUCUGAACAGCAGCCUGACCGGAGACCUGCAGUCCAUGCAGACGGCGCACAACCAGCUGGUUCAGGAGAGGGACGACCUGCGGUGCCAGCUGCAGGAGGGCCAGGCCGCCAACAGCCGGCUGCUGGAACAGCUGCAGCAGACAGCUGAGGAACGCGACCAGCAGAUGCAGGCACUCAACGAGGCAAACAGGCUUGCGGAGAAGAGGAAAGCCCUGCUGGAUGAGCUGGCCAUCCAGGUGCAGACGUCCUCAGAGCAGCACCAGGAGCAGGUGGCCCAGCUGGAACAGCAGCACAGACAGCGGCUGGAACAGCAGGAACAGCACCAGGCUGCCCACCAACAGCAACAGGCAGAGAUUCAUCAGAGGGAGGUAGGAGAGCUGAGGGAACAGCUACAGGAGGAGAAGGGAAAGACAGAGGAGCUGCAGUCCUGUAGGGAGCAGCUCCAGGAGGCACAGGAACGUCUGCAGUCCCUGGAAAAUACCAAAGGAUGGUUCGAGCGCCGCCUAGCAGAAGCUGAGGAAGCUAUUGAAACUGCCAAGAAGGACCAUGAAGAGAAAGAGACCAAACAGGAUGAGCUUCAUAAACAGGAGGUUCAGAAGUUGGAAUCGCAGCUGGAGGGACUGCAGGCUUCCCUACAGGAGCUGCAGGAAACCAAGGAUCAGCUGCAGGAAACCAUCAACAAACUGCAGCAGGAAACAAAGGAUGGCGUAGAUGAAAGAAGAAUUGUGGAGAAAAAAGGCAUGUCCAUGGUGAAGGACCUGAAGCGGCAGCUGCACCUGGAGAGGAAACGCUGUGAGAAGCUGCAGGAACGGCUGCAGCAGGUGCUGUCGGAGAGGAACGGGCAAGCUGUAGGAAUUGAGGACCUGCUCCACCCCAGCGGUCUGGACUCCCCCCAGAAGUGGGACAGCAGCAGCAUGUCUUCUCUCAGCGGAGUCCGGGAACCCACACUGUCUCCCCGCAGCUCCUCUCCGCCACCUUCCGGACUGGCAGAAGAAACGGCAGACCUGAUCGGCAGGAUCACCGAGCUGCAGCAACAGAACUGGCUUCUGGAAGAAAAGGUGAACCACUUGGAGAGCAACAGUGCAUCUAUGGCAGAAGACCUGAUGAGGAAGAGCGCCAUUAUCCAAUCCUACGUCACAGACAGUAGAACAGAUGCCGGCGUGGCCAGCCCGUCUCCGACAGAGUCCAAACUUCCCGGGGGCCUGAAGCGGAUGGUGGACAUGGUGAAGGGGGACGAGCUGGAGCAGCUCAGGGACUUCAACAGGAAGCUGCAGAGGGCGCUGGAGGAGGAGAUGACCAAGAACAUCAGUAUAACAAAGGAUAUGGAGCUGAUGUCAGAAGAGCUGGUGAGGCUGAGUAAGUUUCAGCCCGGAGUAGCGGGACAGCAGCUGUCCACAGGGAGUCAGCAGCCUGCAACAGCUGGACAGCAACCACCUGUAGCUGGACAGCAACCACCUGAACAACAAACAGCUGUACAAUCAGCACAGUAGUGUUUAAAACUAGCUCCUAGAGUACAAGCGGGAAUGCCCCAGCACGUUGGCAGAACGUACUGCACCUGCGCAAAACCUAUAAUAUUGUGGAUAGCACUUCGGCAGAACGCCUCAUAUAAACUCAUAUAAG